GCUGGCCAAAGGGUUUUCAACAUUACCAUCAAUGAGCAGCCAGCGCAAGCAUGGGUGGAUAUUUUUGCUGAGACAGGGUAUAUGACACCUUAUCUGCUGCAUUUUAUCGUCGAACUGGAUACUGAUUUGCUAACAAUUCAUUUCGACGCCGUUGCCGACUCGCCCAAGGUCAAUGGUAUAACUAUCGUCGCACUGGACACCCCGACGGCGCAACAGACCACGGUACAGCCUACAGCUGUUGAAAAACCAGAAUCGACACCUAUUACAGUCACGGAAUUGCCAGCAACAGCGAGUACGGGUCCUCCGGGAGUGGCACUCCGCAUCAACGCUGGCGGCGGUGCCCUGCUUGAUAAUCUGCAGCGCCUGUUUCUGUCAGAUACUUUCUAUAAAGACGGCACGGUGAUCGAGACUUUGGAUAGCAUUUCCCAACUAGAUACCUAUCCUUCUGGCCUUUACGCAUCGUGCCGUGCAGGUGUGGACUUCAAAUACCGCUUUCAAGUGGCUGACCUCCUUGCUCAGUUGGCCCAGAUGAAUGAAGGUUCAACCACAGACAUCAAGUCGUUGAUCAUCACCCUGCACGCUGUGGGCCUGGAGGACAUCCCCAUCGGCUUUACAAUCGGCAUUGGCGCUGAUAUUUCAGCACAAGUACAAUCUGUUCCUUUGAAACAAGCCACGCGCUAUCGCUUUGAGCUGGCGGUGACCGACUUGGAUCUGUCCGGAAAACUUGUGAUCCGGCUCGAAGCUGAUGAGCCGAAUCACAAGGCAAUCGUCUGUGGCAUCGAAAUCGAGGCCUUGUAG